CGCCGCCAUUGCUGCCAAAUUACGAUCAUCUUUUAGCAGCUGUGUGCGGUUAAUUUGAAACAUUUAACGAUUUUUUGGUUCGUAACGUGAAGCUUUUACCGCUAGCAGAGCGCCCAGACUACAUGGACGCAACAGUUAGCAAGCUUGCUACGACAGAAACAACGUUAACAGAGACAAAAAAAAUAGCUAACUAGCUGCGUUUGUCAAGUAAGCUAGCAGAGGUGGUCGCUGCGACGAAAUUGGGCUUUUUUUUUCCCUCCUGCCGCUAACAAUUUCUCACCAGGCGGUUAUUUUUUAGACGCUUGAAAAUGUCGCUACACGGUAAACGUAAAGAAAUCUACAAGUACGAGGCGCCAUGGACAGUUUACGCCAUGAACUGGAGUGUCCGACCGGACAAACGGUUCCGCCUGGCGCUCGGUAGCUUUGUGGAGGAGUACAAUAACAAGGUUCAGAUAGUUGGUCUGGAGGAGGAGAACUCAGAGUUUGUGUGUCGAAACACGUUCGACCAUCCCUACCCCACCACCAAGGUCAUGUGGAUCCCUGACAGCAAAGGAGCGUACCCUGACCUGCUGGCCACCAGCGGAGACUACCUGAGAAUCUGGAGGGUGGGCGAGACGGAGACCCGACUGGAGUGCCUGCUCAACAACAACAAGAACUCUGACUUCUGUGCACCACUCACAUCCUUCGACUGGAACGAGGUGGACCCAAACUUGUUAGGUACUUCCAGUAUUGACACAACCUGUACCAUCUGGGGGCUGGAGACUGGACAAGUGCUGGGCAGGGUCAACUUAGUUUCGGGUCAUGUCAAAACGCAGCUCAUUGCCCAUGACAAAGAGGUGUAUGACAUCUCUUUUAGCAGAGCGGGUGGUGGCAGGGAUAUGUUUGCCUCAGUGGGAGCGGACGGCUCGGUCCGCAUGUUUGACCUCCGUCAUCUCGAACACAGCACUAUCAUCUAUGAAGACCCUCAGCACCACCCACUGCUCCGGCUCUGCUGGAACAAGCAGGACCCCAACUACCUGGUCACCAUGGCGAUGGACAGCAUGGAGGUGGUGAUCUUAGAUGUGCGUGUGCCUUGUACUCCGGUAGCCAGACUGAACAACCACAGGGCCUGUGUGAAUGGAAUCGCCUGGGCGCCACACUCCUCCUGCCACAUCUGCACAGCAGCGGAGGACCACCAGGCUCUAAUCUGGGACAUCCAGCAGAUGCCGCGGGCCAUCGAGGACCCUAUACUGGCCUACACAGCUGAGGGAGAGAUCAAUAACGUCCAGUGGGCCACCACUCAGCCCGACUGGAUCGCUAUCUGCUACAACAACUGCCUGGAAAUCCUCCGAGUGUGAGCUACUGCCACGAAGAAAAAAGGCAACUUGAAACCAUUCUCAGUUGGAUUUACAAGCUGUUUAUGAAGGACAGAGCAAUAUUCAGUUCACGUUCGUAUUUGGUUCAUGUCAAUAACAGAUUAUGUGUGUAACACUUUUUUUCCAACCGAGUUAGAACUUUAGUAAGUCAGCGCUUGACUUUGUGAAAAAAACAAAAAAAACAAGACGUCCUUUAUCGGAAAACUCAAAGGACCGCCAAAACAAAAAUGGCAAACUUUUGUCAUGUGAAGACAUGAACAAAGAUUCAGUAGCCUUAAAGCUUUCAGCAUGUUGUCUCACAGACAAAAAGGCCAGUCAGUUUCAUGUUUUUAUAUGGUGCGUUGUAUAUAGAGUUUGACCCUUUGCAACAUCCUCAACCAUUUAUAUUUUUAUGAUGCAGCAAAAAUGUAGUUUAGCCACAUUUAAAAGUGAAUUGAAUGCGGUUUUUAGUGUUCAUAUAUUCAACAGUUUUUUAACCUAUAAACAUGUAUUUUAUUCAACUUAAUAUCAUUUGUGAUAUGACAAACAUCUCUGUUCCGAUACAUUAUUAAUUAUAUGUGCAAAUAUUUACUAGUAUUAACCACUGACCAUAAUACAGAUUUGUUUUUGGAAUUUGUGCACCAAUUAUUUUAUUCGUACGAUUAUACAUAAAUCAACAGUCCCUCACAGACCAUUAUACAGAAGUUUUAUAUUUAGAUGACAACUAUUUCACAGUGAGGUGACGCAUCAACAAAUUGAUAAGAAUCUACAGUACAGAUUUACAGUUAGAUCUGAUAGGUUGAAAAGGUGUAUUAUAACAGUUACUGUAUAAUACUGAGCAAACACUGCCUGAAGUACAUCAACCAAGACCUCUAAAUUAGAGAGAAACUUACAUUUUUGUCUAUCUGCUUAGAAAACUGAUAUUGUAUCUUGAAUGCCUAAGUCCUGUUGUGAUAUUGAGUUCUGUUGUGAUGUUGGGACAGGGGUGGGGCACGAAGACGUGAAGUGAACAGGAGUUAUUUCUUACUUGUAGGUGUUUCAGUACGGGGUCAUGAUGUGUGAUUGUUUGCUUAACAUAAAAUCGGAAAACUA